CGGGCAGCGGAGGCAUCUGUCAAAGGUCAGAACCAAGAAAAUCAAACUUACCACUUCAACGCUAGAAGGGCUAGUGUUGGAAGGUCUUCUCGUUUUGUAGACGUCGUAGGCUUUCUCCAAUUCAAUCGGGCACCUGCAGAGUUUGCGACAAGAUAUCUUAAGUGUGUUUUUUUCCUAAGCAAAAAGACGGCGCUCCAAUCCGCGGCCGCUUGUCAGAUUCAAGCUGCCUGUCGCCGUCAUUUGAGCACAUCAGAAGC